ACACACACACACCCUCUACUCCUCCUCCUCUCCUCGCUCAUUCCUCCCAGACCGGUGCUGAUCAGGUCUUGUGCAAAUCCCUCCUCUUUCUUCCUUUUUUUUUUCUCCUCCAACAGUUUUUUUUUUAAGCCAAACUUUCCAGCGUCUGAUGCAAAAAGAAGGAGCUUCCAUCCCAGGCGAACAAAGCGUGCUCUCCCCUCCAGCAAAUGGAUGGGAAUCUGUGGGAUCCUGACUUGCUGACGUCUUGGGGGGGGAUCUACUGGAUCAUAUUCUGAGAUGGUGUUUGGAUUUGUGGAUGUGAGAGUGUAACUGGGAGUACGCGAAGCAGCCUUGUUUGUAUGGAUCGCAUCGUUAGCGCAUAGCCCCCGGGAGACGCAUCGCCGGCCCGUGCAGGUUACGGAAACACCGGGUACACCGCGCUGGGUAUGGACUCCCCUCCUGACCGCUGGAACACGACACUAGUUUGUGCGGUGAGAUUCAAAGCGAAGAUCAAGAAUUGAGAUAUUACAGAAGAAGGGACACCUGCACAAAGCUACCAACCAUGCCGUUUGGGCUGAAGUUACGGAGGACCAAACGGUACAACGUUCUGAGCAAGAAUUGCUUUGUGGUAACAAUCUAUCUGUUGGACAACGUCAAGAUUGAGUUGACCCAGAGUAUGGAUAACACCGGCUUACACUGCCUGGAAGCUACUGCUCAGCGUUUGGGAUUAGAGGAGUCGAGUUAUUUUGGACUCUGGUACUUCGCAAAGGAUCAUCAUAGCAGAUGGGUGGACCUUGAAAAAUCGCUGAAGAAGCAAUUGGAGAAAUAUGCCAGUGAGCACGUACUUUAUUUUGGGGUAAUGUUUUAUGUCCCAAGCGUGUACCACCCAAAGGAAGGUAACGUCAGGUACCAGUAUUAUCUUCAGUUGAAGAAGGAUGUGCUGGAGGAACGUUUCCAAUGUACUGUUGAACAGUAUAUCUUCCUAGCUGCGCUAGCUAUUCUGGUGGAUUCUAAACAUGACAAUAGAGCUGAAGCCCAAGAUUCUUUCUUAGAGAAAGUUUUUCCCGUGGCAUGGACCAAAGACAAGGACAUCCAGGAGGAACUCUAUAACAAGCUAGAAAUGAAACAUAAAGCUCUUAGUGGGAUUUCAGCAGAAGAGGCCGAAAUGCUCUACAUAAAAGAAGUUGAAUAUAUGGAUGGCUAUAGUCAGGAAUGUUUCCACGUAAAGGAUAGUCAUGGGAACAACGUGAACCUUUGUACAUUUUUCUUGGGAAUAUUUGUAGAAGACAGCAGUGGACAGCCGACAGCCAUCUACAGGUGGAAUGACAUCGGGAAUAUCACGCACAACAAGUCUACGAUUGUACUGGAGCUGAACAGAAAAGAAGAAACUGUCCCCUUUCACACGGAUGACAUAGAAAACAGUAAAUAUAUGUCACGGUUGUUUGCUACAAGACUUAAGUUUUACAAAGACAACAAAAUAUACACGGAACAAACAACCACUCCUCCGGUUGUAAGACGUCGGCCCACCUGGAAGAGGACCUCUAUGUCAAGGCAGCAAUCCAUACAUCCCCAAAGGCACAUCCAGAAUAAUGAGAUAUACAUCUCUGAAGACAUUUUUCAUAUGAAUGAGGAGCCUGUUAGUUACAGACCGAUUUCUCAGACAAGUUUAGAUGGAUACCCAGAAAUGAAUUUCAUAAAUGGGACGGUGCCGAACGGGAGCGUGUCCAGCUCGCACAGCAUCAAUUCCCUCAACCACUUACAAAACCUCACGCAGGCUUCACCGAGGUCAUCCAACCUUAGCAUCACAGCGAGUGACAUCAUGGCUUUAGACUUCCGGGCCAAGUGCCGGCACAGCGCAACUAUCGUGCCGUCCUAUCGGCCCACGCCUGAAUACGACACUGUGAUGAGGCAGAAAAACAGGGGCAUUCUCCCUCAUGAUAACCAAAGUCAGCCUUUAAGAAAUCUCAAUAUGGGAAACGCGCAUGCGUACAGGCAUCGUGACAGUCUGGUAUACGGUCAGGCUGAGGUUCCAGAAAGACUUCAGUAUGUGGUACAGUAUGGAUCCCAUGGUUCCUACAAUAAUAAACCCAUGAAUCCAUCGGAACACAUGGCGCACAUCGGUGUCGCUCCAUCUCACGAACAUAUUGAAUCUAUUUCACACACAGUCAGCACACCCGAGCUGGCUAAUGUACUGCGGCACCCUACCCAAUGCUUUAAUUCCGCUCGUAAGUUGAGGAACCGGUCAUCUCUGCCACCGCCUCAGUACCCGCAACCGCGUCCAGCAAGCAGCACUCCAGACCUGGCGAGCCAUAGACACAAGUACGUUAGCAGCAGCAGCCCCGACUUGGUGACCAGAAAAGUACAACAGUCGGUGAAAACAUUUCAGGAAGACAGCGCGCCUGUAGCUCGACAGUCCUUUCAAGAGACCAGUGAACUUCUAAUGAGGCCUACACAUCGUCCGACUGUAAAGAAACGCCACAGUUUGGAAGUCGUUAACAACAUGGUGUGUGGAAUGGAAGCCAUGGCUAUUCAUUCUUUGAACGCCCCGCUGCCCCGUAGAAAUACGUUGCGCGAGUUGGUGCACACAGAAGAAGCCACCCAGAAGGAUCACGAAGUUCAUCAUCUUCCGAUGUACCAUCACAAAAAGAACAUUUCCGAUGCUACGAUGUUAAUACAUAGCAGUGAUAGCGAGGAGGACGAGGAAGAAGCCCACACAUCUGUACCCCAUGCUUGUUCGGCAAACAGAAUUACUUACAGCUAUCAGUUACAAGCUGCGUUGGCGCGGAUGCCAAACAAACCCCCUCCAGAAUAUCCGGGUCCAAGGAAAAGCAUUAGCAACGGAGCUUUGAGACAUGAUCCUUCGUGUAUAUCUGCAGCCAUUGCAAGGACCAAGGCCAUGAGCCCGAGGGUACAACAGGCAGUCCAUAUUUCUAGAAAUGAGCAGGCAACCCUGAAUGGGACUUCUCUCGGACCUUCCUUAUCAGAACCAGAUCUUACCAGUGUGAAGGAGAGAGUCAAGAAAGAGCCAGUCAAGGAAAGGCCCGUCUCUGAAAUGUUUUCAAUUGAGGACACCAUUGUUGAAAAAGAAAUAAUGUUGAGAAAUUUAGAGAGGAGUAAGGUGGCAAGUCUGGAGGCCCAGAAGAGACCCCUGAUGUUGGCAGCUUUGAAUGGACUCUCUGCUUCCAGAUUUCCAGUGCCGGAGGACAAGCAGGCUGAAACCACGAAGAUGCCAAUGGAUGAGCGGUACAGGGCGUUGAGAAGAAAACUGGAGGAGGGAAUGGUAUUUACAGAAUACGAGAAUCUUCCUAAAAGGAAGCCAGAUGGGGUUUUCACCACCGCGCUGCUGCCAGAAAACCAAGAGCGGAAUCGGAUCCGCGAAGUUAUUCCUUAUGAAGAGAACCGGGUAGAGCUUGUUCCAACCAAAGAAAAUCUUACUGGUUACAUCAACGCUUCCCAUAUAAAGGUUACUGUAGGUAAAGAAGAUCUGCAUUAUAUCGCCACCCAGAGCCCUUUGCCUCACACGUUUCAUGAGUUCUGGCAGAUGGUGUGGGAGCAGGGAGUGAAUGUGAUAGCCAUGAUGUCCACAGAAGAGGAAGAAGGAAGAGACCAGAGUCAUCGCUACUGGCCUAAGCUGGCAUCGAGGCAAAACUCGGCCACCUACGGAAAGUUUAAAGUGACCACCAACUUUCGUACGGACGCCGGUCCCCAUGCAAUCACAGGGCUGAAGCUGAAUCACCUCUUAUCCGGGCAAGAGAGGACAGUAUGGCACCUACAGUUUACAGACUGGCCGGAUCAUGGAUGUCCAGAAGAGGCCCAAGGAUUUCUAUCUUAUUUGGAGGAGAUAAACGUGGUGUAUUCUCACGCCAAGAAUACGCAGGAUACAAGCGGCCCACGUAAUCCACCCGUCGUAGUCCAUUGCAGUGCGGGGGUUGGGAGAACUGGUGUCCUUAUAUUGACAGAUCUCAUGAGUCGCUGUUGGGAAAUCAAUGAAAAUGUAGAAAUUCCCGCCAUGUUAAAGCAUCUCAGAGACCAAAGGAUGUUCAUGGUUCAGACUAUUGCACAGUACAAAUUUGUCUAUCAGGUGCUUAUCCAAUUCAUCGAAAGCACCCGACUUGUCUGAGGCGUUCUAUACCCUGAAGUGUCGCGAGGUACCCGGGAAAUUAAGCCUGAUGAUGUCACGCCUGGCCCCAAAAUCUUUCCAGAGACCUUAAUUUAUUUUUUUCCCCCCUGAAGUUAUUUAUCUAACAAAUCAAGCGUCUUACAGUGAACCGCAUUUUUAUGUAAAAUAUGUAUAUUGCAUUGUUAUUUGAUGUAUGUUUAUCAGAUAUUUUUUUUCUAUUUUACUUUUUUUUUAGCUUAAAGCAAACAAAAACACCCUAAAAAAUAAACGUGCUGUGUAUUUUGCUGCUUUUUAUAGGAUUAAUCAUUGAAAUGUUAACCCUCUUCUUUUCUUUUCUGUUGACGUGUCUGCUUCCGAUGUGCA